AUGGAAGAUGUGAUGCUUCAGCGACGAUACCAAUUGCAGCUUCAGGAGCGUCGCGCUUGUCGUCGUAACAAGUUAAAGUUCACUAGUCAAUUUGAAGCACAUGAUCGAGCUCCAAUAGUCGCAACGACUCUGGCGGAUAUCGAGGCGGUCACGUCCCGAUCAGAAUUUGUACGGCAGCAGUUGACAAUGAAUGGACUAACGUCACUAAGACGUUGGCAUCUUCAGCUGAAAAUGAUGAUCGCUGAGGACUUGAAGCAAAAGGGAAUGGAAAAUAAAGAUGAUGACAUGGAGACUGCAUUGCAGACAUGUGAGACGGAACUCUUGCGUGACCAGCGCUGCUAUGAUGUCGUGUAUAGAGCAGGCUUACGCGUAUCAGACGCUCGUGAAAGUUUGCUAGAUGAGGGUGCGCCAAUGGACGUUCGAGAGCUGUUGACCUUCUCCACACGAGCCGACAGCUUUAUCUGCCGUAUCACGUGCCUGCACAAUGGAAAGCACGUGUUCUUUAGCUCGAGUGAGUAUGUGGAGCAUUUACAAGUAGAGCUCGAGCGUCUGUUGAACGAAGAUUCACCAGUUGACGCAGUCAUCAAUUUUAUCUGGAAGGCACUUCAUUCACAGCAGCAACCCGUCGAAUGA